UAUAAAAUAAAAUAUUUUUAAAAAAAACAUAUAUAACAAUACUUCAAUAUAGAAUUCCAAAGAAAACUAAAUAAUAAUAAUUAUUUAUAAUUAAUAUUAUUAGCCCCAAAAAAAGAUUAUAAUUUUAUAAUAUAUAUAUUAAAAUUUAAUCAAAUAAUAUAAUUUAUUAUUAUAAUAUAUGAUUUAAAAAUUAUGUUAUCAACACAUCAAGGUCAUUCUAGUUCAUCAAAUUCAUCACCAUCAAACCAUAUUGGUUCAUCAGAUAUUUCGCACAACAAUAUGUCCUCAUCACUACCCCUACCAUUACCAUCCAUAUUUACACAAAAUCAAAUGAAUCCCCCACUUUUGUUUCCCCCAACAUCAUCACUUUUGGGUGGUUCAUCAAGCCCCGCAUUUUUAUUACCAUCGUCAUCUAUGAUGAAUUCAAAUGUAUUCCCACCACAUGAUACCCAAUAUCCAGAUAUGCCAAACAUGGUAGAUCAAUUUCAAAUUCACCAACAACAUCCACACUAUAACUACCAAUACCAACUAAUGUUUAUGCAACAACAACAACAAGCUCAACAACAAGCCCAACAUCAACACCAACAAGUUCCACACCAUCACCAACAACAAACUCAUCAUCAUCAACAACACCAACCAUCACCACAACAAAACCAACAACAAGUUCAACAACAUCAUUCCCACCAACAAUUAUUACAACAACAACAACAACAACACCAACAACAACAACAACAAACCCAACAACAACAACAUUUAAACCCCACACAUCACCAAAUAAAUAAUUUAACAGCUCAAUCCAAUACACCAUCACCAUCAACCAAAGGAAAAAGAAAGCACCAUGAAUCCUCAUCGAAUUCAGAGAAAAAGGAUAGCUCCAAUGGUACAAUCCCAAAAUGUACUCGUUGUAAUGAAAGUGCAUCAUGGAAACACGACAAAAGAAGAUGGUGGUGCAAGGAAUGUAAAAAAGCAUUUACUCCAGGUAUCACCAAAAUGCAACAAGUUCCACAACAAGUUCAACUACAACCAUUACAAAAUCACGCUCAAAUGAUUCCACAAUUAUGGGAGUCAAAUAGUUCUCAAAACACACCACCAACCCAAGCAAUAAGCAAUGUCUUGCAAAACAGUAACAAUAGUAAUAGUAACAAUAGUAACAAUACACAAAUAACAUCCCCAUCAAUAUCCGGCCAAUGCCCACCUUGUCCACAAUGCAGAGGAGUUAGCUCUUGGAAACAUGACAAAAAACGUUAUUUCUGCAAAGAAUGUAAAAAACCAUUUACCCCAACUGGUCAAGGUUUAUCACCAUCACCAUCAUCCCCAAAGAAGAAAUCGAUCUCAUCUAAAGGUAAUACACCAAAGAAACAAUUAUCACCACCACCAUCAGUACUCCAAUCACCAGUUUUACAAUCACCACUACAAUUAAAUUUCCAAACACCAACCUAUUCACCAAAUCCAUCACUCCCAUCAAUAUCAUCAAAUAUGAAUGUUACAAUGGGUUCACUUUCUAUGAAGUCGGAUGGUAUAAAUUUAAUGGGUCUUUCACCACCAAAAUCAUCACACAAUAGUGGUAGUAGUAAUAAUAACAAUAAUCUUUUAGGCUCCAUUUCAAAUAAUGCAUUAUUGGGCAGCAGUGUAAAUUUAGCAAAUUUGGGAAAUCCAUUAAGUCAAUUAAAUAACCCAAAUAAAAAACAAAAGAAAAGAAAUGAUAAAGACCCAAAUAAUUUAAAUGAACCAGGAGUACAAGUUUUAGUAAGCGUUGAUAACUCAGUUUCACAUUCAAUUAUUUCUGAUAAUGUUUCCGAUAAUUGGUAAAGAACAAAUAAUAUUUAAUAUUUAAAUUAUUAUUUAAAUUUUUAAAAAAAACAAAAAAAAGCAAAAAAAAAAAGAUGUAAUUAUUUUAAAUAUAUAAACCAAUUAUAUCAUCCUCCUUUGAACAAAAAAAACAGCAAUGUAUAUAUGUAUAUAAUUUUAAAAACCAAAUAAAUAAAAUCAAAAUUUAAAUUUUUUC